AUGUCCUCGAAUUCAUCUCCCGGAAAAAGCAAUGCUGAAGAGCAUAGCGAUGCAACUAGCCCGCCAAAUCCAAGUGAGAAUUUGGCUUCUAGAAUUCGUGAUUUAGAUGUGGACUCUAUUCGACGGUAUUUCGCUCAAAAGUUCGGUUUUUAUGAACUCAGUGAAACGCCGAGUACCAUUGAAAAAGUCUUGGACGAGGUAAAUUUGGAUGGAAUUGUAAAAUGGAUAAAGAGCGCGCGGUGCCAGAAUGUUAUUACAUUAUCUGGUGCGGGGAUUUCAACAUCGGCAGGAAUUCCAGAUUUCAGAAGCCCUGAAACUGGCUUAUACCACAAUUUACAAAAGUAUAACCUUCCAGAACCACAAGCAAUUUUUGAAAUCAACUUCUUCCGCCAGAAUCCAAAACCGUUCUUUACACUAGCUAAGGAAUUGUUUCCUGGAAACUUUAAACCCACUAUUUCACAUUACUUUAUCAGACUUUUACAUGAGAAAGGUCUCCUGUUGCGACACUAUACCCAAAAUAUAGAUACCCUGGAAAGGGGAGCUGGAGUACCCCACGAAAAACUUGUUGAGGCACAUGGAACAUUUUUCACAUCACAUUGCUUGGAGUGCCGGAAGCAAUAUACGUUGGAGUUUAUUAAAGAACAUAUAUUUGCUGAUGAAAUCCCAAUAUGUUCUGAAUGCCCCGGAGUUGUUAAACCAGAUAUUGUGUUCUUUGGAGAAAGUCUACCAUCAAGAUUCACCGAGUGCUUGCAGGAAGACUUCCAAAAGUGUGAUAUGCUUAUCAUUAUGGGAUCCUCACUGGAAGUACAGCCAUUUGCUUCCCUCAUUGAUAUGGUACCAGAAUGGUGUCCCAGACUCCUUAUAAACCGAGAGAAGGCAGGAAUGAGGUCUCCCAUACUCCGUCUCUGGGGCCUAAUGAGUGGCGGACUGCAGCUCGAUGAAGGUGCAGUUCGAGAUGUAGCCAGGCUUGGGGAUUGUGACGAUGGGUGCCAAGACCUUGCUGAUAGGCUUGGAUGGGGAGAUGAACUCCGCGCUUUGGUUGCACGCGAACACGAAAGGCUAGAAUGCGAGAACGCACUCAGCAAUCCGCACGCCCCACUUGUGGGACCAUCGAUUUCAGGCCCACCUGUAAUACCAAUUGUGACCCCAGAUUCACCUGAGGGACUCAUACCAACGGUGGGACCGAAUCCCACUGUGGGACCGAGCUCAUUAACACCCGAGCCUAAACUAUGA